CUCCUCCGCUCUGAGCUCACUGUCUGCGGGGUUAGCUGUCCUCAUCACGCCUCGGCUCGUCCAUGGAGGACCAGACGCGAUGAGCAGCGGCGGCGGCGGACGCCUCAACCAUGGCUGACCUGCGGAUGAGCGUGGCCGUGCUGGUGGUCCAGACGGUCCUGUACCCGGGCUGUGCGGCUCUGCGGUGUCACUGCACCGUUGAUCCAUGUCAGAAGACGGGCCAGUGUGAGACGGAUGGGGCCUGCGUGGCUUCCACCUUCUUCAGCCAAGGCCAGGAGCAGCGCGUUCGAAACUGCUUCCCCCGCGAAAGCCUGAUGCCCCCUGGUCAACCCAUUUACUGCCUCAGCGCGGAGGGAUAUUCCAACACCCACUGCUGCUACACGGACUACUGCAACAGCAUUGACCUUAAAACACCCUCUGUGACGACCGCACCCGGCAUGCGGGGGGGCUACGGCCCCGGUGGGACUUGGGGGCUGGUGGAACUGGUCGCUGUGAUCGCCGGGCCGCUCUUCCUGCUGUGCCUGCUGCUGCUGGUGGCCAUGUUCCUGUAUCAUUAUCACCAGAGAGCCUAUAACCACAGACAGAGGCUGGAGGUGGAGGAUCCCUCCUGUGAUAACCUCUACCUGGCCAAAGACCGCAGCCUGCAGGAUCUCAUUUAUAACCUGUCCACAUCGGGAUCCGGCUCCGGUCUGCCGUUGUUUGUCCAGCGGACUGUGGCCAGAACGAUCGUUCUGCAGGAGAUCAUCGGAAAGGGCCGAUUCGGGGAGGUGUGGAGAGGACGCUGGCGAGGCGGCGACGUGGCGGUGAAGAUCUUCUCAUCCAGAGAGGAGCGCUCCUGGUUCCGAGAGGCUGAAAUCUACCAGACCAUCAUGCUCCGUCAUGAAAACAUCCUGGGCUUCAUCGCUGCCGACAAUAAAGACAACGGCACAUGGACUCAGCUGUGGCUUGUGUCAGACUACCACGAGUACGGCUCUCUGUUUGACUACCUGAACCGGUACUCUGUCACCACCGAGGGAAUGAUCAAACUGGCUCUGUCAGCCGCUAACGGCCUCGCUCAUCUGCACAUGGAGAUUCUUGGAACGCAAGGAAAGCCGGGCAUUGCUCACAGAGACCUGAAGUCCAAGAACAUCCUGGUGAAGAAGAACUGCACGUGUGCCAUUGCCGACCUGGGCCUGGCCGUCCGUCACGACUCCGCCACAGACACAAUCGACAUCGCCCCAAAUCAGAGAGUCGGCACCAAGAGGUACAUGGCUCCCGAAGUCCUGGAUGAGACGAUCAACAUGAGACACUUUGAGUCGUUCAAAUGUGUCGACAUCUACGCUUUGGGGCUGGUCUACUGGGAGAUCGCUCGCCGCUGUAACACUGGAGGUGUCCAUGAAGAGUACCAGCUGCCUUACUACGACGCGGUUCCUUCUGAUCCGUCCAUCGAGGAGAUGAGGAAAGUGGUGUGUGAUCAAAAGCUACGACCCAGUGUCCCAAACUGGUGGCAGAGCUAUGAGGCGCUGCGGGUCAUGGGUAAAAUCAUGAGGGAGUGUUGGUAUGCUAAUGGCGCCGCCCGCUUGACCGCCCUGCGCAUCAAAAAGACCCUCUCCCAGCUCGGGAUUCAGGAAGACGUUAAAAUCUGAGCUUUUUAAGUCGGCAAAGCACCGAGAAGACGUGUGUCCAGACUGGAGGAGGUGGACGAGACAUUGACGGCCCUCUGCAAAGAUUGCACAGAGUAAGAAAAUGUGAUGAAAAGCGGUACGUUGUAAAAUAACUCACAGAUAUUCCUGCCAGUUUGUAAACCACUUGUUUGUUUUUUUUGUUUCUGAUGAACCCUACCUCGUUUACCCAGCCAAAUAUCUCAAACACGCUCUUCUGUUGGUAUUUUCUCUGUACUUAUAGUAGAUUUAGUAAUCAACAAAGAAACGUUUUAAAAAUUAGUUCCCAAUGUUUCUUUUACUUUGGUCAGUCACAUUUUAGUAAGCACACAGUACUCACUCUUUGUGGCUUUGUGAGGGAGCAAUAACUUAAUCUUCUACUCGCUCUAUGAUAAGUCUCUGAAAUGUGGGUGUUUUCUAAGACUUCCUCUGUCACCCUUAAAUCACAAUCUGCUCCUUUCAAAUCACGUGGCUUAUCUGGUUCUGCUAAAUCCAUGCGAUUAGUUAAAUGUAGAUUAACAUCCGAGCGUGGACAAUGCAGCUCAUUAACUUGGAACACGGCGUCACUAAAGCCUCGACUGUAUGUCAGCCGGAGCGCUCGUCCAGACAGUUUCCCCAUAGGCCGUUACAAACCUCAGGUUUUAUUUACAGUCGCCAUCUAAAAAGAUUUCAGCCUCUUCAGGACAGAAACAGAUGACACAUUUAGCAAUUAUGCAAGAACAAGAUGGUGCAUUCCCCGCCGAGCAUCUGACACCAACGGGAUGCUGAAUGUUUCUCACUUGUAAGGACGCAUCUUCGCUCCUGAACAUUUCGAGGAUCGUUGGAUCCCGCCGAAGGGCUGCAACCAUCUGAACGGUCAUUCCAAAUACGAGACAGAGUCCGUCCCACAGAGGGGAAAAAAAAAAAAAUCAUUAUUACAUAAGAUGCAUCUUCAUUCUGUAAUUGUAAGUGCACAUACAGGUUUUUAACUGAUUGAACAAAGUAUAGAGGCUAAAGAUAUAAGAUAUGACUGAAACUACAAUGCAGAAAAAAAAGUCUCAAUCUGAUGCACUGAGUCAGUGGACACUUCAUUAAACAAACACAUUGAAUAUUUCCUGUAAAAUUGCAGUUCCUCCAGCAUAAUCACACUUGAGGAAGUUUGUUGCUGAAUUAUAGGAGAUCGCUCUGCUUUUGUUGGCUUGUUUUGUGACGAAGCCAUAAAGUUUACUUUUGCUGAAUCCCGCAAUGACAGAUGUAGAUUCACAACCAGAAAAGUAGCAGCAACUGUCAGGAAUGUUUUCAAAUGUCUUAAGUCAGACAUGCUCAUCAUGUGGUCCCGCAAGUCACAUGGCAGCCCUUCAGUCAAUCUCUUAAUGGAUCAGUUGGAGAAAACUGUGUACAUGAUGCAUGCAUUAAAAAAGAGGAAAAAAAUGCUUUGCUUUUAAAGGUGCAAAAUAUGUAUUCACUGUAUAGAGUUUGUGCAUGUGGCUCUCUGGCUCGUGAGCUCUUAGGAGAAUGAAUGCCGAAUUCAAAGUGGAGGUCCAGCAGAUUGUUUCCUGAAUUCAGAUGUGAAGCCGUGUGCUUGUUUUAUCUAAAAAAAAAAAAACACAUUGCUGUUUUAUUUAACAAUUAAAAUUGAAAGUGUCUUUCUGAAUUUAGGAGACACUUGUGCUCCACCUGGUCGACGAUGGUAUUAAAGUAGGUGGAGGAAGGGCUCGCAACUGCACACUGUUCUAUUUGUGCACCUUAUAGACAAAGACGAACUCUUACUUCUCUUUAGAAAAUAAAAAAAUAACUGGUGAAGACUGUCAUUGCAACUGAGAAACACCUUGAGCCUUGAUCAGGACUCUCUAAUUACUUUGGACCAGACCACAUCAGGUUAUAUGUUGUAUGUCCUUUUUUUUUUUUUUAAAUUUACUUCUCUGAAUGUUUAAUCUGAAAUGAGAACAAAUACUGCUACAUUCCGUCAGAUAUGCUGGUGUAUGUCACUUAUAUGUUUAACCAUCCUUUGCUCUAAACAAGACUUCUCACUCACAUAUUUCUUUGUAUCUGAGCCAAAAACACACAAACUCCAGGAAUCUGAAUGAUACUUUUGUUUUUAUGUCAAUAUUUUCUUCUGGCACAGCAUGUCUAACGUUGGCUUCCCCUCGGGCCGCCCGCCCCCCGGCCCAGUGGAACCACUAUACUCCACAUAAACUCACAUCCAGAUAUACCCGUCUGUAUAUGAAAGUAAUCGUACGUGUUCGUUGGUUUAAUCUUUUAUGUUGAAGAAAGCGAUCAAAUGUUGUAGAAACAUAGCUCACAAUGUAUCCUUCCAUUACUGCAGGGCAGCGUGUGAUUUCUAUUUUUUAUUUUUCUGUCAUAAAAUACGUGGAUGCUUCCUCCAAUGUGACAAAUCACUCUCUGCGUUUAUGUUUUCAGGAAUUAGCUGCACUAUUGUCUUUACCCAUAUGCAAGUUUCCCAGGUACUGUGUGUGUGUGUGCUUGUCUCCCUGUUAUUUAAACAUGUAUGCUGUGAGCGUCUGUGAACGCCUGAAAGGCCACAUGUGCACUACUUUUGACCUCACGGCAUCGAAACGCAGCGGUUCUCAGAAUCGUCUCUGGCCGCGGCCCCCAGUGUUUAUUUAAGAUCACGCCACUGAAAAUGAGAACGUUUACACAAGUCGUGCCAGUCAGUCGCUGUAAACCUCCUUCUGACUGGAAAACUGUGGAGAGAAGCAGACUUUUUUUUUUCCCCCUUCUGAUAAGUGGGAACAGAAUUUUAGAAAGCAAAUACUACUGAAAUGUGUCUGUUUCUCGCGCUUUUUUGCAAGAGAUGUCAGAACAAAUAAAACUGCACUCGGUGUUGAUGUUUUGGGCUGGAAGGACUGGAGUGCUCUACUGAAUGUGAAGCAUAUUUAACAAGUCAGAGUUUAUGUUCGCCUUAAAGUGUAAAAGUGCAUAAUAUAUCAUGUUUUUUUAGUAUUUAGCUCUCAGUAUCCCUGUGCAAGUAGUGAGGCGACUCAAAACUAAAUGAGGUAGGACAUUACAGGUUGUAAAUUUUCCAGGUUUUUGUCCAGUUGUGGCAAAGAAUUAUGUCAAUGUAAUAACCUUUCAGGAAAUCAUUAUGUAACCUCCAGUGUAGAAUAAAUAAAUACAGUUGUUUUUCUAUGUGGUGUCUGUGUUGACUGACUCCUCAGACUUUU